AUGGAUGUUGAUUCGGAGCCACUCAAUUCACAAGAGAACGUUGAAGAUUGCUUGAUGACCGGUGUGGAAGAGAAUACAUUUGAAACAUCAGAUGCAGCUUAUAACUUGUAUGUGCGUUACGCAAGGUGUGUCGGGUUCGGAGUUCGCAAGGGUGAUAUAGCACGUGGAAAAGAUGGAACACAACGCAGAAGGCGAUUUUUUUGCAACAAGGAAGGAAAGAGAGCCGAUAAAUACAUCUCUAAUUUGAACAGGAAAAGGGAGCAUAAAGCACUGACUCGUACGGGUUGUGAAGCCAUGCUUGCGGUGUACUUUGACACUCAAACUUCAGCUUGGAGAGUUAAAAAAUUAGUUGAGAAGCACAACCACGAUCUUGUCCCCCAAUGCUUGGUACACUUAAUUCCAAACCACCGUGGGAUGAAUGAGGCUCAAAAAGCUAAGGCAAACACCAUGCACGAUAAUAGUCUUCCAAGCUCUAAGAUAAUGGGACUAAUGGUAGGCCAAGCUGGGGGUUAUGCUAAUGUCGGGUUCACAAAGAAGGAUCUGAAUAACCACAUUGAAAGAACUCGUCAUGCAAAGCUCAUUGGUGGGGAUUCUAAUGCAACAAUUAGCUAUCUACUUGGAAAAGCCGAUGUUGACCCCAUGGCCAUUGCAAGGUACAGUGCUACUGAUGAAAGUCGGCUGGCGAAUCUAUUUUGGGCAGAUGGCAUUUGUAGGGCAGAUUAUCAGUGCUUUGGAGAUGUGCUUGCAUUUGAUACAACCUAUCGGAAAAAUAAGUACAGAAGACCGUUGGUUAUCUUCUCGGGUUGUAACCAUCACCGUCAAACAUGCAUAUUUGGCUUUGCCUUGAUAGAGAACGAACAAACAGCAACAUAUAUGUGGUUGUUGCAAAACUUCUUAGAUGUCAUGCUGAACAAGUCUCCUAGUGUUGUGGUCACAGAUGGUGAUGAGGCAAUGAAGGCAGCAAUUCAAGAAAUCUUUCCAAAUGCAACUCACCGAUUAUGUGGUUGGCACAUUCAGAGAAAUGUAACAGCAAACAUAAAAAGCAAAGGUUUUUCUGACGACUUCAGAAGAUGUUUGUAUGCUCCAUGGCAUCCGAAUGAAUUUGAAGGAUAUUGGGAGAAUAUGAUAAAAAAAUAUGGGUUGGAGGAAAAUGAAUGGGUACUAGAUGAGUAUCAAAAGAGGAAAAGCUGGGCAAGCGCCUACUUGCGAGAUAAAUUCUGUGCUGGAUUUAGAACAACAUCAAGGUGUGAAGGGAUAAACAACUUCAUCAAGAGGUUUAUUGGCAUUCGUCAAAGUUUUUUAGAGCUAGUCCAGAAUCUUGAACAUGCUCUCAGGGAUUAUAGACAUAAUGAAUUAGUUUCUCAAUUUAAGACGGUGUGCGGAGAGCCUGUGUUAACAACUCGCUUAGCUGCAUUGGAGCUUUGUGCUGCAAAUUUUUACACACAGGAGAUGUUUAGCAAAGUAAAAAUAGAGAUUGAAGGAGUGGCUGCAUUAGAUGUUAUAGAUGAGGAAAAUAUAUCAACUACUGUUGUUUUAAAAGUUAAGGAGUAUGACAGAGGGCAACAUAUAUACACCGUACUUUAUGAGCGCAACACCGAGAAUAUGGAGUGUGAAUGUAGUAGGUGGAGUAGUGAAGGCAUUCCCUGUAGCCACAUGUUUUGUGCCAUGAAAAGGCUAGGUUUACAGAAGUUGCCAGAAAGUCUUCUUUUGAGAAGAUGGUCCAAGGAUGCCAAAAAGUAUCCGGAUGAAAGUUCAGCUAGAAGCACUGUGGAAGAUGGAGAAAGAGAUUUUUUAAUGCGCUAUGGCGCAUUGUCAGUGGCAGCUACGUGGAUGAAGAAUUGUCCUGUGAAGAAUGAGGGUGACAAUUUGGGUGAUAAGAUUAGUGGUGGCACACAGGCUAGCUUUGGUGCAGAAGAGGAGCUUCCCAAAGACCCUGUGGCUUCUCAAGGGACGCAAGCUAGCUUCGGUAUAAAAGAGGAGCUUCUCAAGGACCCUAUGACUUCUCAAGAUACAUUAGCAAUGCCAAAUACAGAAGUAAAUGCAUCUGUGCAGUUAGGAUUUGGGCUAGGUGACUCAGAAUUGAUUAAUAGACAUGGGGCUCCCAUCCCACCAUAUGGAAGUAAUCAGUGGCUAUUACAGGUUGUACAACAAGGACAAUAUCCGAAGUUCAAUGGGAUGCAGUAG